AUGGCCGGGGAAUGCGAGCAGACCCUACAGAACCACCAGCAGCCCAACGGCAGAGAGCCCUUCCUGAUCGGCGUCAGCGGGGGCAAGGCCAGCGGCAGGUCCUCCGCCUGUGCCAAGAUCGUGCAGCUCCUGGGGCAGAACAAAGUGGACUACCGCCAGAAGCAGGUGGUCAUCCUGAGCCAGGACAGCUUCUACCGCGUCCUCACUGAGGAGCAGAAGGCCAAAGCCCUUAAGGGCUAGUUCAACUUCAGUCACCCAGAUGCCUUUGACAACGAGCACAUCUUCAAAACUCUGAAAGACAUCACCGCAGGGAAAACCGUGCAGAUCCCCGUGUAUGACUUUGUCGUCCAUUCCUGGAAGGAGGAGAUGGUCACCAUCUACCCCGCGGACGUGGUUCUCUUCGAAGGCAUCUUGGCCUUCUACUCCCAGGAGGUGCAGAACCUGUUUCAGAUGAAGCUGUUUGUAGACACGGAUGUGGACACCCGGCUCUCCCGCAGAGUGCUACGGGACAUCAGCGAGCGAGGGCGGGACCCGGAGCAGAUCUUGUCCCAGUACAUCACCUUCGUCAAGCCUGCCUUCGAGGAGUUCUGCUUGCCCACAAAGAAAUACGCAGAUGUGAUCAUACCUAGAGGUGUAGGCAACCUAGUGGCCAUCAGCCUCAUUGUGCAGCACAUUCAGGAUAUUCUCAAAAGGGGGGGGGGGGGGCUGUCCAAGCGGCAGACCAACUGCUGUCUCAACGGCUGCACCCAUCAGAGUCUAGCAGCCGGACGCACUGACCUGCCGCCCUGGUCCCGGCCCCGCUCCUGGGAAGUAGCAGCAGGACUCCAGCGUCUGUACAGUUUCCUGGGACUCUGCUUAUUUAAGGAAACGGCGUGGAGAUGA